AUGUCUUCUGUCGACCCUGACAACACACAUCCCGAGGGCGAACACAGCGCAGAUACUGCCGACCUCCCGAUCUUCGGUCCGCCCACAGCGGAGGAGCUUCACAAGCAGCUCGAAGCACAAGUUUCAGAGAAGGACAAGCAACAUCACGUCUUCGCUGCCGAGCUCGCCAAAAUCGAACAAGACUACCAAGCCGCGCUCGCGAAUAACGCCGAUCCCUCUGCCGUCCGUCACUACGAAGAAGUCAAGCAAGCGCAUACGGCACAGGGAGAGCAAUGUCUCAAAGAGUUAGCCGAGCUCAUGCAACAAUGUCUAUGCGCGCGCAGAGGAGCGACAGCUUAUCUCAAGAAGAACAAUCAAAGAUUGAAGGCUCAGGUCCAGAGGUUGAAGGAUGAAGCAAAGGAAUGGGAGGCAAAACACGAAGAAGCAAAGAAGAAGAAGGAAGAGCGGGCGAGAGUUGAGGAGGAAAAGAAGUGGUGGCGGAGUCUGACAGCUGAGGAAAGGAAGAGGAUAAUUCAAGAGUGGAAGGCCGAGAACAUCGUUCUGCACCAGCAAAACGCUGUUUUGGAGAAGAAAAACGCUAUUCUGACUGCUAAGCUGAAAAGGAUCGCCGUUCUGAGGAGGAAAAAGGCCGUUCGGGUGGUUGCGCAAGAAGCUUUGGAGAUCGAGAACGAGGUCGUGGAAGCCAGAAACAAGAUUGAGGACGCCCAUAUUGCACGCUGGGACGGAAUAUUCGACUGGCACGAUGAAGCACUCUUGAGGUACUGGGUUUACAAGAUGCUUGAGGAACUUGGGAUGCGUUACUGA